GCAUAAAUUACGUAAGGAAUUAUAUUAAUUAGAGAGCUAGGGUAGAUAUCUAGUCAGGGCGAUACAGGCCAGGGUACUUAAGCAGAACGGUUUCCCUAUAUAAAUACCGUUCGUUUGAUGUACCUACGCCCGAACAGUCCACCGUUUUUAUACCGACGAUUUCCCACAGGACUAGUUAUCAGACCACGGCUGUGUAGGGCCGAUACAGUUGUGCGUUGUGCGUUUACAUAUGCCACCAAGGCCAAAACGUACACGCACGUAUACGUCCACCCACCUGUCAUCGCCGAUGCAAGGGGCUUCGACGAGGUCAGGCUAGCGAGGCAUAGUCUCCAAGCCCGUCGAAUAUCACUGGAAAACUUCCUUCUUAUAUCUCCCAGUUGGAGUUUCCGCUGGUCAGAUUGUUAUGGCCCACAGUGGUGUAAAAAAGAAAAGAAAAAAAAAAGGGACAAGAGAAGAGAAGAAACAAGAAAACAAAAUCAUAUAGAGAGAGAUUGGGGAAGUGUGCUGUUAUCGAAUUGGGUUCCGUUCCUGGCUGAGCAUUUGACGCCUCCUCGACGACCAAGAUGCCGGAUGGCAUCCGCGGUGUCCGGGAGAUGUCGAAGACUUACGCCCCGAGACCAGGAUCAAAAUUCAGAUUGAACAAAGGACAUGCGGGCUGAACAGGCUACAGGUCAAUGCAUUAAUAAGGGCUCAAGA